AUGCAGCAGGGAACGAAGCAGGCAAUUUUAUAUGAUGAUAAAGGAACAUGUUUGGAGAGUCUGUUUCUUAAGUGCCUUGAGGUGAAACCUGGAGACGACUUAGAAAGUGAUCGAUACUUAAUCACAGUUGAGGAAGUUAAAGUUUCUGGAAGUAUAGCUAUUAAACAGGAUGUCAUUAAAGAGGCACCAGAGUCAAAUUCAAGGAAGUAUAUAUCCUCUGGCCGGUCUCUUGGAUGUCAGCCCGCUGGUUUAAAAAGGAAGUUUUCUGGUUUUCAAGGACCACGUCAGAUCCCAAAGAAAAUGGUUAUUACAGAGAAUGGUGAAUCAGCUGCAUCAUUUGAGGAUAAAAAACCUGGCCCUACUGUUUUUUCUUCAUUCUAUAGCACAUCUCCUUUAUUUUCUACCAGUGGCGAGAAAGAUAUAAAUAAUAUGCCAACGGACCCUGAGAACAUUGUUACCUACAAGAACAGGGAGAGAAAUGGCAUGCUUUUUCCUUCGGUUGUCUCUACUCCAUCCUCCAAUAUUAACCUCGAUAUGCUAUGUGAAGAAAAUUAUUUUACCUCUCCUAUCAGUUCAGGAAGUAGGCAUUCAGACUCUUUACUGACCAAUGAGCCCAUAAAAAGAUAUAGUUUGGCAUCUCGCUAUUCAGGAGUUUCACAAAACAUCAGAAGCAAAGCACAGAUAUUAGCUCUUCUGAAAUCCAAAUCAACUAGUACAUAUAAGGAACUAAAUGCUGAGAUUACAGAACAUUUUCUUCAGAUACAACCACAAGAAAUUUUAAAAAUCCCUGCUAAACCAAAGUGCUUAAUUCAACAGGAAGAGUCUGCAGAGGUGAAGAGCACAGAAAAUUUACACUACCAUCAUCAAUCAGAAAAUACUAUGAGAAAUAAAAGCCGGUGGUCGAUGUAUUUAUUCUCACAGAGAUCACCUAUACAUUCUUCUGCUACAGAUGGAAAUGACAUAGAAAGGAAACCCAAGGCCCAGGAAGAUGAUAUAAAUUUGAAUUUGAAAGACCUUUUGGUACAAAAAAAGGUACAGUUCUUUGAAACAUGGGCUGAAAAGGUGAAAAAGUAUAAUGAAGACAAGCCAGUAGAUCGUAAUGAUCAAUUCUGUAAUCAGGAAGUAAAAUUAGAAAUGCCUUCAUUCUGUGAAAGCAACAGCUUACUGAUUACCUGUAGCAGUGCAGAGAAUGAUGGUUUAUUAUCAGAAUUUGACAUUCAAGAAAAUAAUAAAAAGCCCUUUAAUCAAAAUAACAAGGUGUGCCUAAAAGGAUCAAUUCUCAUUAGAGAAAAUGCUGAGGAGGUAAAUAGUUGUGAAACACCAGAAAAGGAGCAUAAACAACUUGAGUCAUCUCUGCCAGAAUCAGAACAUCUACAAAUUGAAACUUAUGUAACCAGCAAUUCUAGGAUCUCUGAUGACAUUUCAGACAUGUUUUCUAAACAUAAUACUGAUGAUGAAAGUCUUAAUAGUAUUCAUGAAUCUCUAAGCCAAGUAACACAACCAUUGUUGGAGGUAAAUUUUGAUCUGGACAAUUUUGAGACCAGUGACAUGGAGGAGGAAUCACAGGAAAGCAACAAAAUUUACCAGGAUUCAGAGAGUUGGGUAAACGAAGUUUUGGUUAAUAACAGCAAUGCAUGUGUUCAAAAGAGAUGUGAGAAUAUAAGCUGUCAAGAAAUUGGCAAUGAAGAUUUGCCACUCUUAACAUCUAUUGGUGGCAAACCUACAGAGACAUUUCUUACUCAAGAGACUCUGUCACCAUCACAGUUUUGUGAUGAAACUUGUGUAGCUUUUGACAUGGGACCUUGUGAAGAUGGAAACACUGCAAAAGAAAUAGAGGAGGAGUAUAGUGACACAUUAAGCCAUUUUGACACAUCUUUAGAGUGGACUUCUGAUGUAUUUGUAGGUAAUAAAGAAGAUGCUAAUAAAUCUAUCCAAAAAGUUAGAAUUAACUGUGAUUUUGCUUCACUCCCUAAUAAAUCUAAAGAUAUAAAUACGAAUUUAUGUAUUCCUCCUUUUCCAAACAAAGCCACUAAUCAGACUCCUGAAAACAAUAUCCUGUUUUUAGAAGAUGCUCAACCUCAGUCUUGUAUUUUGGGAAGUGACUUAGACAAAAAAGAUGAACAGAUUUUACCAUCAACCUCUAGCAGUGACAACAGUAUCCAACUAUUAAAUACCAGUCAGAAUCACUCUGAAUGUACUGCACUUGAUAAACCAAAUACCCAAAUACUCAAAGAAAAUGAUGUUGAACCAAGUGAACCACUUCAGUCUUUGCAGCCUGUUGAGUUUCAGGGGCAUCAAGUGAAAGGAUCAGCUACUAGUGGUGUAAUGAUCAGAGGACACAGAUCACAGCUAGGAUGCAGUCAGUUUCCAGAUAGCACUGAAUAUGAAAACUUCAUGACAGACACUUGUUUUUUGACACCAAAAUUGCCUAACACUUUUAUGCAGAUUGACUUCAUGCAGUUCCCAGAUAAAGAUUUUCCAAAAGAAGGUACUAGCUUUAAAAUUGAAGACAAUUUUCAGGUGAUAGCUGGGUCUGAUAAGGAUUCAAUUGAAAGUGAUUCUAUUUUAGAUUUUCCACCUAAAGAUUCAGAACAUUCAUACCACUGUUUGGAUUAUAAUUUUAAAUCAGCAGAGAAGACUUCAUGGGAAGUAAGAAUGAAAAAAUUCAGUUCUCUAGAGAAUAAAAACCUUCAAAAGCUACCAUUAGUAAGUAGAGGCCAAGUUCCACUUAUUACUUUGCCACCUACAGAUGGGUCACUGGACUUAGAUUCUUGUUCAUAUGUGAUCAACUGUGACACACAAGAGUCUUCUGGUUCCCCCAUGUUCAACUUGUGUGAAGAGUCGGCAGUUCUUUCUUUUAGCUUUGGGCCUGAGGACCAAAGUGAAAUUUCUUUGCCUGAGGACCUAGUGAAAGAAUCUAGGGAAGAGACUCCAAGGGAUGUUUUACUUCUCAGUAAUAUGUCUACUCAAAGCAAGUGGCUGAAAUAUCAAAACACCUCCCAAUGCAACUUGACUACUCCAAAUGGAAUUGAUAAGAAAGUAACAGCUGGCUUUUUUGCUGAGGAUGUUUCUGGGAUACAUUUUAGUGACAUAGGCGAAAGGCAGAACGAUGCUAUGAAUCAAAGCUCCUUAGACUCUGAGCAUUUGCAAGUGAUAAAAGAUAUGCUCUAUCAACAGCAGCAGAAUCUUAGCAGUCAAGAUUUGGCUUCCAGAAAGUUAGUACUUUCUUUGAAUUUAAAGCAGACAUCCAAGACUGAGGAAGUUCAAAAUGUGUUAGGAGGGUCCGCCUGCUACAACUACAGUGUAAAAGAUUUACAGGAGAUAAACAGUUCUGAGCUAUGCUUCCCAAGUGGGCAGAAAAUAAAAUCUGCUUAUCUUCCUCAGAGACAAAUUCACAUACCAGCUGUUUUUCAGUCUCCUGCUCAUUAUAAGCAGACUUUUACAUCUUGUCUCAUAGAACAUCUAAACAUAUUGCUUUUUGGGUUGGCACAAAGGUUGCACAAAGCUCUUUCAAAAGUUGACAUGUCAUUCUACACAUCAUCAAGAGGAGAGAAAUUGAAAAACAUAGAAAAUAAUGUGCCACUCUGCCAUCAUAAUCAACCUGCAAAACUUGUCAUGGUUAAAAAGGAAGGUCCAAAUAAGGGUCGUCUCUUUUAUGCAUGUGAUGGACCCAAAGCUGAUCAAUGUAAAUUUUUCAAAUGGCUUGAGGAAGUGACUCCAGGAUAUUUAACACAGGAAGAAUCUCUACCUAGCAUUGUUUUAAGUGAUAUUAAGAGUAUUGGCUUGUACUUAAGAAGUCAAAAGAUACCACUCUAUGAGGAAUGCCAGCUUUUGGUGAGAAAAGGAUUUGAUUUUCAGAGAAAACAGUACGGCAAACUAAAGAAGUUUACGGCUGUAAAUCCUGAGUUUUACAAUGAACCAAAAAGCAAACUUUAUCUAAAGCUGAGUCGGAAGGAAAGUUCUUCAGUUUAUAGCAAAGUAGUCGUCCACGCAUUAUUGGUUUGUAAUGCUAGCACAGAGCUGACUACUUUGAAAAACAUUCAGGACUACUUUAAUCCAGCUACUCUACCUCUAACGCAAUACCUGUUAACAAUGUCUUCGUCAGCUACACUUAGCAACAAGAGAGUCAAUAAGAGAAAAUUUAUCCCACCAGGCUUCACAAAUAUAAACACAAAAUUUGAACUACUCAGCCUAGGAGCAGCAUUGCAGUUAGCUAGUGAGUUAAUUCAGGCACACAAGUUAAACAAGGAUCAAGCAACGGCUCUAAUUCAAAUAGCUCAAAUGAUGGCAUCACACAAAAAUGCUGAAGAAGUGAAAGAACUGCGAACCCAUACCCUCCCUAUCACAAUCAUACAUGGUGUUUUUGGAGCAGGAAAGAGUUAUUUGCUGGCAGUGGUGAUUUUGUUCUUUGUACAGCUAUUUGAAAGGAGUGAAGCUCCUACAAUUGGAAAUGCAAGGCCAUGGAAACUUCUGAUUGCUUCUUCUACUAAUGUAGCUGUUGACAGAGUACUUCUUGGGCUUCUCAGUCUUGGAUUUGAAAAGUUUGUCAGAGUUGGAAGUGUUAGGAAGAUUGCCAAGCCAAUUUUACCUUAUAGCUUGCAUGCUGGCUCAGAAAAUGAAAAUGAACAAUUAAAAGAACUACACGCUCUAAUGAAAGAAGACCUAACUCCUGUGGAAAGAGUCUAUGUGAGAAAAAGUAUUGAGCAGCAUAAACUGGGGACCAAUAAAACCCUGCUGAAGCAGGUUCGAGUAGUUGGAGUUACCUGUGCAGCCUGCCCAUUCCCAUGCAUGAGUGAUCUUAAAUUUCCUGUGGUAGUGCUGGAUGAGUGUAGUCAAAUAACUGAACCAGCCUCUCUACUUCCCAUUGCAAGGUUUGAAUGUGAAAAGCUGGUUCUUGUUGGAGACCCCAAACAGCUGCCUCCUACUAUUCAGGGUUCUGAUGCAGCUCAUGAAAAUGGACUGGAACAAACUCUUUUUGAUCGACUUUGCUUAAUGGGUCACAAGCCAAUUCUAUUGAGAACCCAAUAUCGUUGUCACCCUGCAAUUAGUGCUAUUGCUAAUGAUCUAUUUUAUGAAGGAAACCUCAUGAAUGGUGUUUCGGAAACAGAGAGGAGCCCUUUAUUGGAAUGGCUACCAACCCUAUGUUUCUAUAACGUUAGAGGACUGGAACAGAUUGAAAGAGAUAACAGCUUUCAUAACGUGGCAGAAGCUACUUUUACACUCAAGCUGAUUGAGUCACUGAUUGCAAGUGGAAUAGCAGGCUCUAUGAUUGGGGUAAUAACAUUAUACAAAUCCCAGGUGUACAAGCUUUGUCAUUUACUUAGUGCUGUGGACUUUGACCAUCCUAAUAUUAAAACUGUGCAGGUGUCCACAGUAGAUGCUUUUCAGGGAGCUGAAAAGGAGAUCAUUAUUCUGUCCUGCGUAAGGACAAGACAAGUAGGCUUCAUUGAUUCAGAAAAAAGAAUGAAUGUUGCAUUGACAAGAGGAAGAAGGCAUUUGCUGAUUGUGGGAAAUUUAGCCUGUUUGAGGAAAAAUCGACUAUGGGGGCGUGUGAUCCAACACUGUGAAGUUUUUUUGGAAGUGCGUGUAAAGACACAGAAGAGCUACUUGUGCAGGGAGCGCAGCCGGGGCCCGCCGCGGCCGCCCCCUCCCGGCCUGGGGACCCGGCGCUCGCUCCGCCGCCGGGGGUGGCAGCAGCAACUGCGUUAUCGCAAUAUUAUGAUAAACAACCAAGCAGGACACAGCUGUUGGGUUCGCUGGCACACAGUAGGCGCUCGAGAAAUGUUGGGGCACAGAGGGUUGGGGGAUGGGGACGUGUCUCUCCCUAGUGGGCCCCCAACUCCUAUUCACACGCCGGCUCUUCUUUUGCCCUUACCUGAGGAAAGCAAUGAGAAAGCUGCCCGAGACUGGCAAAAUCUCCUAAACGGACUUAUUUCCUUCGUGGGGAAGAAGAGGGCCCUUUGGGUAGCGGGCCUCAUCAAGGGUGAGGAGAAGUGUGAGGGGCUCUGCGCCUCCAGAGCGCAUCGGGGAGAGGGCAGGUCUGAGAAGGAGGGGAGCCUCCCAGCUCCUGUGGGGCACAUUCCGCCACCACCCAGCCGACCUGCGCGUCAAGCCCGCGUGUCUGGUUUGGGGGUACCACAGCACAUUUUGUGGGCCGGGGGCAAGGGUCUCCAGAAUGGAGCUCCGCGGCUGGGGGACCAUCUUCCCCGCUGUCUCUCUCCUCUCGCUGAUUCCUCCGACGCGGGGAAUACACUGAAGGGGAGGGUCCGGCUGCUCCGCGACCCAGCCCGGACCUCUGCAGGACUCGGUGGAAGCCGAAUCCCCUGCGGACAGGAUCCAAGCAGAAAACGAGGAGGAGACAGGGAAUACCAUGCGGGAGCGGUGGCUGGGGACCAGGACGAAGGCGGCUGUGAGCUUACAUUGUUUUUUCCCUGGCUUCCGGAGAGGGGUCUGCCAAACAACCCGAACUCACGCUCGCCCCCAGCGCUCACCACCACCAGUAACGAAUCCUGA